CCGCGCUCGAAUGCGUACACGAUCCAUCGAUCGCGACACUAAAGUGUGAACUGUGCUAAAUGGAACUGACCGGCGUUCAAUGUUAAAGAAACCAAGUUACGAGGACAAAGAAGUGAAUAUGGCGAUACAGAGUGUUUCGAGAUACCCAAGCAGCCCGGCUGAAGCUACCGAGCCUCCGAAAGCUUCUAGAAUUAGCUUCAGCGUGGCAUCAAUUCUGGCUGAUACUAAAGCCAACCAAAUCGAUGAAACUGCAGAGAUGAUCAGGCACCAUAGGACGAUACCAGAGUCUCCGCUAAGACAAUCACCAUCGGCGCAGCCUGAAUUACCCGGCGGAAAGUCGUUGUCACCUAGGCCGUCGUCUCAAACGCCUCCGUUGAAUCUCAAUGCGUCUGCGACGGUCACUUCAUCCGAUGAUGAAUACGAAGAUUCUGUUAAUCAAGAGGAUUCAAUAGUUGAUGUAGAGGAUUUGCAAAACGGUGGACAGAGCGAAGAUGACGAAAGAAUGUCGAGUAAUGAUAAGGGAAGAUUAGUGAAGCCAACACCUUUCAGCGCACUAGCGGCGGCCGCUGUGGCAUAUCAUGGGUUGGGUUGGCCGGGUCCACCAUCAGUCGUGCCUUCGUUUGGUCCCUUGUUCCAGUCACAUUUUCCUGUAGGACACUUAACAGAUGCAAACGGCGAGCCACCCAAACUAAAAUGCAAUCUUCGUAAACACAAACCGAACAGAAAACCGCGCACGCCGUUCACUGCGCAGCAACUCCGCGCAUUGGAGAGCAAGUUUGUGGACAAACAAUACCUGAGCAUUGCUGAACGUGCCGAGUUCUCGUCAUCUUUAGGCCUAUCUGAGACUCAGGUGAAAAUCUGGUUUCAAAAUCGACGCGCGAAAGCGAAACGCGUACAAGAGGCGGAGAUUGAGAAACUCAAAAUGGCGCAAUUUUCCCGCCACCCCCACCAUCUGUACCCCCACCCGGCGCUACAGCAGUACUUUCACCCUCACCCCUUGAUGGGUGGAGGGCGGCCGUUGCCUCCUAUGGGCUUGCCGCCGCCGCAUCUGGCUAUGGUACAACCACCUGUGUCUGGGUCCCCCUCGCCAAGUACACAAACGAGUCAACAGUGAACAAUUCAAAUUUAUAACUUUAAUUGUGAGUUCCAAAUUUAAAUAAACGUUUUUUUCACUUAUUACGCUGACUGUAACGGAAAAUUUAUUAGUGAUGUGGCGACUGGUCUAAUAAGAACGUUAAAAAAUAAUGUAAAUUAUUUGUACAUAUAAAAUAAGUUUAUUUUAAGUGAUAUUAUUGCAUUGGUAUUUGUAUUAAUUUAAAACGAAUAUUAUUUAGAUUUUUAAUUAUACAUUAUAAUAUUAACCAAAUUAUCUAUUUAUACUUAUUGUGUGACGAUAUCAUUUAAUAUCUAUCUACUUCAUGCGUUUAAAAUAAGAACACGUUGACUAUUAUUUAAAAGAUAUUUAAAUGACUUAGAGUACUCAAGAUGUUUUUUUAAAUCUAUUUUCCUAAGUAACUAAUAUGUCUUCUAAUAACAGUUAAGACAUCAUAAUAUAACAGAGAGUCAUUCAUAUUCUUAUUUUAAUUGCACUGUAUACCUACUACAAUAUUUGAUUGAAUUAGAAAAUAUGAAAUAGUUUUGUAUAUACUGUGACUUAUUUGUACAUUGUUACUACUUAUGUGCAGUUCAAAUAUAAAUAUUUCUUUCAUACUGAAAUAUUGGUUUCAUUUCCA